AUGCGUGCCGUAAUUUUCUUCCUCGUUGCUGGUGUUGUGUUCGCCGAUUACCAAUCCCAAAACUCUGGCUAUGAGAAUGCUGAAAUUGCUCAACCAACACCUGAAGCUCCACUAAGCGCUGAUGGCGGAGAUCAACAAGCAUACAAUUCCGAUACUGGAAGUGACGCUGGUAUGGCGUAUAGAAAUCGCCGCCGUUUCCGUGUUCGCCACGCUCUUCGUUCACGUCGCCUUUGA